AUGGCAAACACAAGCAAAAUUGAGGAGGCACUACAACAACUAUAUAGCGUCAAUGACCCGCAAACGAUCCACCAACUCCAAGAGUGGCUAACUGGCAUGCAAACUUCUCUUGAUGCAUGGCAAUUUUGUUGGCCUCUGAUGGCAGAAGAUAAGUUAUUUUCGGUUAUUAUUGCUGUAAUCUACGAGCCUACAUCAUUUUCACUAAUAUAUGUGCACAGUAUUUGUGCUAAUGAGUCUAAUGAUACAUUGGUAAAUACCGUUGCUGAGGAUGUAAUUUCGGCUCCACCAAUCCAAUUUUUCGGAGCGUGUACGAUCAAAACUAAAAUUUCCACAUGUUGGUCUGAACUACCUGCUGAUCAAUACAUACCACUACGUGAUCAAAUUAUUCAAUUUAUAAUUCGUUUUGCAAUUGGUCCUCCGUUUGUCCGGUGUCAAUUAUGUAGCGCGUUAGCAAUUCUCACUCUAAGAAUUACACCGAAUCACUGGGCACAGCCUAUUAAUGAUCUAAUUCUAUUUUCGUCUCAGCAAAUCAACUUUCAAGCGGUAUUCAUCGAGAUUAUUUCCGAAAUUACUAGUAUGUUCGAUAAAUCUGGAUUAGUCAAUAUUGAUCGAGCGAGUGUCCGGCACGUAUUAGAAUCAAAUUAUGCUGAUGACGGUCUUAUACCUACUUUAUUUGAUCUAUUACGUGAUGAGGAACUGUUUGAAUCAGCUAUUAGUGCUUUAAUGGAAAUUGGAACUUCCGGAGAAUCAACGCGAUAUCCUUCGUCUCUUUAUCGAUUUUUGAAGCUAUUGACGAAAUUAACACCAUUGAUAGAAGAAACGAUACGUAACGAAUCUAUUGAUGAAUGCGGUGAUAUCUGCAAUUUAGUAGUAUCAUCAUCUGAAUGCCAUAGCAAAUAUUUCGUCAAAUUUGAAAAUCAUGAUCAUAGGAAACUAGCUAAUGAGUUGGCUUCAAUGAUACUGAAUUUCGCCUCUACAAAUGGCUACUAUCCUAUGGAUGAAACUUGUAGCAGAUUGACUUUUGAAUUUUGGUACUCAUUGCAGACUGAGAUAGAAUGCCUAGAAACUGCUAAUACCGAAUUAUCUCGUAAGCAAUUAGCUGCAUGCUACGAAGAUUAUAAGCCGAUGUAUAUUUCUUUAAUGAAGAUGCUUACAAAUCGAUUUUUGCAAUCGGAAUGUUUAAAAUACUAUUGCGAAGAUCUCUCAAAUUUGACCUCAAAUAUCCAAUCGUCUGAUUGGCAGACUUUUGAGGUUUAUUUAUAUCUUGUACGAGCAAUCUCCGAUUCUGUUAGCUCGAGCGAUUCCAAGUACAUUCGUAACUUCUUUCGAAUACUUCCACAAUUGCCUUCUCAUGAGAAAGUUGGUGUAAUGGCGCUGAAAGUAAUUGGUUCUUAUUGUGAUUACUUAAAGUACGAUCAUGAGAUCCUCAUGGCAAUCAUGCCACGCAUAUUAUGGAGCCUCAAAGAGCCUAAGUUAGUUUAUGCUGCUGCCAUUGCGUUGAGAGAUAUUUGUGUAGAUUGCGGAGAAGAAUUAAAAACGUCAGCUACAGAAAUUUUUAAUGCCUGUCAGGAAGUUCUUUCCGGAUCAUACCUGAUGCCAAAUCAACGCAUUCCAUUAGUAGAAAGCAUGGGUUCCAUAAUUCCUGUUAUGGAUAAAAAUAGUAUGGAAAAUGCAAGUAGUCAUUUAUCCCGACAAUUAAUUGAAGGAGUUAUUAAUAUCAUACAAAAGCCAGAAACUCCAUCGUCAAGAUAUGAAAUUAUAUUACAAUUGAAAUGUUUGAAAGCGUUUUUUUUGACUGCUAACCUCCCUAGCGAAAUUCAGCCUAGCCCUCUCCUCUCAUCGAGUGAAAUAGCAUUAAGAACAUUUAACGAAAUUUUAUUGAAAUGGAUUCAUGACGAACAAGUUACUGAAAUAAUGAUGCUAUUUGGUGACGACGAGAGUACCCUACAGACCGUAGCUCAUUUAUAUUAUACAUUAACUUUGGGGACGCUACAACUGCUAGAAACAGGAUCGAAUAGUGCCCCUGAUCUUGUAAAUGCUUUUCUCAUAUUCAAUGAAAAGGCCGUCAAGUCUAGUAGCAGAAUAGUUUUUUCUAAUGCUAGUGUAUACGACAAGUUACUCCCUUUCGGUUUAGCAUCGAUGGUAUUUAAGGAAAGCUAUAUAAUCAAGAGUAACUCACGUUUUUUGGUUGAAUUUGUUGCUAAAGUUACAAGUAGUGAGGAGGCUAGGAGAUCAGUAGAAUUGUAUGGGAAAUUGAUAGUUUCAAAGAUAAUUUUGGGUAUUGCUGGUGAGUUACCUCGUGUCUCUUUAAGACCCCUAAUCGACGUGUUGAUAGAAUUAAAUAAGAAUUGUAUUACAUGUCUUGCAAGAUGGAUUAAGGAGUUGUUUAUGGAAGACAUAUUUCCAUGUGCGGGUCUAAGUCAUGUUGACAAACAAGCUUUUCAAAACGCUGUUCUGAGAUCUAGAGCUCGUAAAAGAUGGCUACAAGAGCAGGCAGAGGAAUUUGCACUGAAAUGCCGUGGAUUGCAUGGAACGAAUUAUGCAAAGGACGUUCAAUCUAAAGUAGUACGAUAA